GAUAAAUGGUGAGGCCAUAGAGCUAAACACGAGUGCACAAAUGUAGCUUCUCAGUUUCAGGCACGUUACUCCUCUUUUGAAGGCGGAUCUUGAAAGUAUUUCCCUGUGACUGAAGUCUGAACUUGUUUAGAGCAUGAGAGGGACAUCACAUGUAGACAGAAUGCCUCUUAUUUUCCUCUGCCUCUUGUUUUCUUUGAGUCCCUGUUUUGGAUGCCACGCUGUUUGCCAGUGCCUGGGCAGGAGUUUUGUCUGCCAAGAAAGCAAGAUGGAACACGUUCCAAAUAAUAUCCCCAGGAAUGCCACCGAAUUGAGAUUUAUGCUUACCAAAAUCACGGUUAUACCCAACGGGGCGUUCGCAGGAUUUCAAGACCUUGAGAAAAUAGAAAUAUCUCAGAAUGAUGUUCUGACAUCAAUAGAAGCCUAUGCGUUUUCAAACAGCCCUCAGCUGCACGAAAUAAGGAUUGAAAAAGCCAACAGUCUAGUAAACAUUGAUCCAGAGGCUUUCCAAAAUCUCCCGAAGCUUAAGUAUUUGUUAAUAUCCAACACUGGAAUUCAUUUUAUCCCUGUGGUUUCCAAGAUACAGUCUCUACAAAUGGUUUUACUGGAGAUUCAAGACAAUAUCAACAUCAAGAAAAUUGAAAGAAAUUCAUUUGUUGGACUCAGCGUUGACAAUGUCAUUUUGAGGCUCAACAAGAAUGGAAUCGAAGAAAUACAGAACUACGCAUUUAAUGGCACAAACUUAAAUGAACUAAUUCUCAGUGGCAAUGAGAGGCUGGCGAGGCUUCCUGACCUUGUUUUCCAUGGAACCACCGGGCCAGCUGUUUUGGAUAUUUCAAACACAAGGAUCAGCUCUUUGCCAAGCUUUGGACUGGAGAAAAUAAAAAGACUCAAAGCCAAGUCGGCUUAUAAUUUAAAGAAGCUUCCAGCCCUGGAACAAUUUGAAGAACUGAUUGAAGCUGAUUUAACCUACCCCAGCCACUGCUGUGCCUUUGCCAACUGGAAGAGAGAAAUCACAGACUGGGAUCCACUCUGCAAUAAAACUUUUGAGAGUCAACCUGAAGAUCUGAAGUCUUUCAGCAAAAGGUCCGCCCAAGUGGAUUCCUUAUUUUUUAAUGGAGGAACAACGUAUGACUUGAUAGACAAGGAGGAUGAUUUUGGAUUUGACUACUUCUUUUGUCAAGGAAAACAGGAUGUUGUAUGCUCUCCUACCCCCGAUGAAUUUAAUCCAUGUGAAGAUAUAAUGGGGUACACAGCUCUCAGAAUCCUUAUAUGGUGUGUCAAUAUUCUUGCCAUCGCUGGAAAUUCAGUUGUUCUGAUAAUAUUGCUAACAAGUCAGUACAAAUUUACUGUGCCCAGAUUUCUAAUGUGCAACCUUGCGUUUGCAGACUUGUGCAUGGGUAUCUAUCUGUUGUUGAUUGCGGCUGUGGAUAUUAAGACCAAAAGUCAGUAUUAUAACUAUGCCAUUGACUGGCAAACGGGUGCAGGGUGCCAUGCCACUGGGUUUUUUACAGUCUUUGCCAGUGAACUGUCUGUCUUUACGCUAACAGUAAUAACAUUGGAAAGAUGGCACACAAUAACGUAUGCAAUGCAGUUAGACCGGAAAGUGCGAUUUCGACAUGCGACAAUAAUAAUGGCAUCCGGUUGGGCAUUUUCAUUUACAGUGGCUCUACUUCCAAUUGUCGGUGUCAGUAGCUACAUGAAGGUCAGCAUUUGUCUGCCAAUGGACAUCGAAACCCCACUUUCUCAGGCAUAUAUCAUUUUCCUUCUUGUCCUCAAUGUUUUGGCCUUUGUAGUUAUCUGCACAUGUUACAUUGGGAUCUACCUGACCGUCAGGAAUCCUAAUGUCAUAUCCUCCAACAGUGACACCAAGAUUGCCAAACGAAUGGCGAUACUGAUAUUUACAGAUUUUUUGUGUAUGGCGCCAAUAUCAUUCUUUGCGAUCUCAGCGUCACUAAAGAUCCCUCUUAUCACAGUGUCCAAAUCCAAGAUCCUCUUAGUUCUCUUCUAUCCCAUAAAUUCCUUUGCUAACCCUUUCCUGUACGCCAUUUUUACCAAGACGUUUCGCAGAGAUUUUUAUAUUCUCAUGAGCAAAUUCGGUUGCUGUGAAGCACGAGCGCAAAUAUUCAGAACAGAGACCUCCUCGAGUGCUCACAAUCUUCAUUCUAGAAACGGACACUUUGUUCCAGGACCAAAAAACAGCAGUGGGUCCGUUUACACGUUGGUUCCGCUCAACCACUAACAGUGAAGCUGUAACAACUAGUGAUGGGUGAAUUUAUUCGCCAGGCGCGAAUUCGCGGCGAAUUUGCGCGAUUCGCCGCCAGCGAAUAAAUUCGCAAAACGCUUGCCAAAAUUAGCGGAAAAAAAUCGCCAGCGUCAAAAAAUUUUUUUCGAAAAAAACGGGCGCCAUUUCGCAAAUUUCGCGCGAAAUUAGCGAAUUUUUCGGCGAAGCAAAACGUCGCAAAUUCGCCCAUCACUAGUAACAACAUACCUCAGGAGGUGUGAAAUUUCUAUUUGAUAGAAGUUAGUAAGUCUAAAUUAUUUAGUGUUUCCUGAAAAAACACUCCUUUUCUAAUUUUUUUUACAGAAAUAGCCUACUCUUGAAUUAUAUUUUCUUUAUAAAUAACAAACAGCAUAUGGCAAUUAAUUUUGUUAAUCCAUCAUACUUUUUUGUUUUAAACAUACAUUCACAAUAUUUAUAAAGUUAUAUUUUAGGAUUUUGUCUGAAUAAAGAAGCCUUUAUAAAAAUCUCCCCAAUUAUAUCCAGAUUUUUCUUUACUUAUUAAGCAAGUGCAUUUUCUCAUCAGCUUUACUGAGCUCUAUGUCUUUGAUCUUAACUGAAGACCUGUAACAUCAAUAACAUAAGUAGUACGAAUGUAGUUAUACAGGUAAGGGAUCCUUCCAUAAUUAGGAACUAAAAAUGUUUCAGAUAUAAAAAAAAGAGUCAAUGGGAUUAUAGUGCCAUUAGUAUGCAUUUAUGCUACAACAGUUACCAUCAAUAACAAGGAACUGUUUUAGUAUUAUAAGAAACACAAAUUAGACAAAAAUGAAGAACUGUUUAGGUUUCUACAGGAAAUGGAAUCGCUGGAUUUUAAGCUUUCUGGAUAAUAGGUUUUUGGAUAAUAACUCUACUUGUAACUCUACUUAGAGGCAGUUUACUAAAAUUAAAAAUUUUUCUGAAUCUCAAAAAAAACUCGAAUUGACGUGAUCUUGUUUUUGUCUUGAGUGCUGGAAAAGCUUGAUGGCAUUAAAUUGCGCAAAAAAA